CGUUCUGCGUAUACGUAGCUAUAUAACGAAAGAAAAUUUUUCCCUUUCGGACUGAAAAUUGAACUUGGAAUACUACGGUCUUAACUUAUCGAGGAAAAAUAAUUCUUGUAUAGUUAAACACGUGAUUUUGUAGAGAAUUUUAUUUUCUCUAGGCUUUUCUUUUUCAAAUGAAAUUUCCGUUGGAUUUUGAUGACUAAAAAUCGAGAAUAAUGAUACAUCUAUAGAAAAGACUAAUCAUAAUUAGCAAUUAGUGCGUCAUUUAUUUAAAUAUUCUUGAAAACAGAUGCCAUGAUUCGAUUCAGUUUUUUCUCCUCUAUCGAAUCAUGUAUUUUGAUCUGAAUUUAUAUUUUAUAAAAUGUAAAAAAGCGAAGAUCUUCUGAAAAACCUAGGGGCUCUAGGUAUUUUGAGAUUUUCAGAGUUCUAAAAAUAUUAUUUACACUUUUAAGCAAUAGCGGUGCAUAGAGAAUCGUUUUCUCUAUCGAAUGAAGUAUGACUCAAAAUAUUUACAUGCAGAAUAAAGGUAUAAUAAAAAGAAAAAGGAAAGUGUCCGAAUAAUUAUUUUGCUCAAAAAAUCGAGUGGUUUCUUGAAAAACCUUGAAAACGAGAUGAAAACAUUCUUGAGAAAAGCUCUUUUUUUCCUCGAUGAAAAUAGAGACGUCGGCCUAUCGAAUGAUAUAAAAGAAGUUGAAAAUGUGUUCUUCCUUGCUUGCGAAAUUUACUUUACAAGAUGAACGUUACUAGGUGUCCGAAUAAUUAUUUUACAUACUGUAAAUAUUGAAGACAUUGAAAAUAUACCUAACUAUUCAAUCUGAACGUUUACGGUAUACAAUUCUUACAAAAUAUUGCUGUUAACCUUACUCUUUGAUUUUUUUCUUUUUCUUCAUUUUUUCUGGCUUUAUUUUUUUUCUUUUUCUUCACUUUUUCUGACUUUUUUUUUCUUUUUUUUGGUAAACAAUUUGUUCAUCAUUCUCUCAUGUAUAACUAUAGUACGGAAAAUAUUAAUGAAUUAAUUGAUCAAUUUUAUAUCUUUCUAAAAAAAAUCAAUUGAUAGUAGUUCAAUAUGUUAUUGGAACAAUAUUAAGCUGCGACGACAGAACGAAAAAAAAUGAUAUGCGAUGAAUAGACAGAACGAAAGAAAUUCUGCGACGAAUUGACGUGUGACGAAUUGUACUAGUACCAGCAGUCAUGUUUCUUAAAAGUCUUCGCAAUCCUAUAUGUGAAAUCUCUCUCCAACUUUUCUGAAAUAUAUAUUUUGACUUUUAAGAAAACAAGUAAAGUUCAUCUGAAUGUCUGUUCAAUAAGUUUGGCUGUGUUAUAUUAAAUUUAGGAAAUUUUGAUUUUGGAGAAAUGCAAUACUAUCCGUAUAGAAUUUCAAUGCGUAAUACAAUGUAUCCAUUUUCAUCCUAAACAAGGUCUCUUAUACCAUAUAUUUAGGUUCACAUUGUCGUUGUAAAAGCAACAUAUUGAAAUGUCUGUGAUACUUUAUGAAUGGUAUCAUUAAAAACAUGCUUUCUAUAGAUUCAAAGGCUAGGUUCUGGAAGCGGUAAUUAAUUCAUUUUGUUUAUGUGUCAGACUAUUGUUAAAUUGUAUUUUUCCUAUUGAUUGAUUUUACAUUCGUGAAAUUUUUAAGUCAACUUCUCGAUUAUUUCUGAAACAAGAUUGGUAACGAAUUUUGGAGUAUAUAGCGAGGAAAGUGAAUAUUCCUUCAGAAAAUAGCAGACAUAUCGACAUUUUUCGAUCACGCUAAUGUUGUUUCUAGUAUACAGAAAAGCACGGUAGAAAGUCAAAUGUGGCCAUAUUGAAUUAUAAAACUUUUUUGACCUUCAUACUUAGACAUUUUUCGGCUUCUUUCUGUGUGAUAUUAGCGGAAAUUUUGAAUUUCGAUCCAUCGGCUGUAAAUCCCGAACUCCAAAACAGUUUAGGCUGUUUAGUACGAUACGGUCUUUUUGUUCUCGUAUUAUGUUGCCACAGAUACGUUGAUGUGACAAAGGAAAAGCAGAGUUUCGAAGUUUAAAACACGAUUGAUAGUAAGCAUUGCAUCAUAUAGCAAGAAAAGAGAACUCUGUCUUUCCAAAAGACAAUGGCAAACAUAGUAAUAUGAUUUUUCGAAACUUAAAAUUUCAUGCUUCUGAGUUUCGGUUUUCUCGACCGUUGAUUCUCGGAUUUUAGAACCAUGAAACCUCGGACUUCCUGAAGAUGGAAUUUAGAUCUAUUGGAUUUCGAAUUGAUUUGAAAUCCCGAAUUCAAAGAGGUUUAUUUUUCUCUUCUGUGAUCCUGUAUAUUAGUCAUUAUCAAAUAUUGUCACAGACACUUGGAAAUGAUUUUCUCAUAAUCUUUUAUUGGAUCACAAGGAAAAUAACAAGCAACUUUUUCAUCAUUCUGAAACCGUUGUAUCGUGUUUCAUAUUUUAGCUUCAUGGAAAUUGUGUUAAAUGGAUUUGAUCAUUUAACAAACAUUUAAUAGCAUUAAUAUUCAUCAUCUUUCAGUCUAGGGAAUUAAUUCAAGUUCAAUAUUUUCUUAUUGCCAAUUAAAAACAUUGACUCUGAGUUCAAAUAGGGAAGUUAAUUCUCUAAUUCUAUAUUUUUAAUAGACCUCAAGCAUGGAUGUAAACCUUAUAGCUGAGUUAACGGAUUCAUAAAACUUGAUGUAUUUAGAGUAAACUAUUCUUUGCAAAAAUACUAAAAAUUCUACUCUUUCUUGAACAAGUACAAAAUACACAUGCUUAUAUGCAUCUUUUUUAGGUUGUCCAUAUAUAUUAAACCGGUCUAGCUGGGAUGCACAGCCAUAUAUAAGUCGUGAGAAAUUAAAAACACUACCGGUUGCACAUAUUGUUAUAAGACAAUUACCAGCUUCGAAUUCAAUUGUCAAUCAACAAGAUUGUAUUAAAACAAUAAAAGAUCUUCAAGAUUCGCAAAUGAAACAACGCGGUUGGGCUGAUAUUGGUUACAAUUUUUUACUAUGUAGUGAUAGUGAUGAUCAACAACAAAUUUAUAGAGGAAGAGGUUGGGCAUAUGUUGGUGCACAUUGUAUUGGUUAUAAUUUUAAAUCAUUGGGUAAGAAUAAACUCCUUUUUUUAACUUCCUUGAGCAACACAUUUUAG